AGCGGAGGUGAAAGUUCAGCAGUGCGCCUUGUAAAAUGGCGGCUGAAUUGACCAGAGAGUGGAGCGAUGAGCAGCUAAAAAGUGAUGAUCUACCCAAAAAAGACAUUAUUAAGUUCAUUCAGGACAAUUCUGCUCAUUCGUUUCUUGCAGAGCACAAGCUGAUGGGAAAUAUCAAGAAUGUUGCAAAAACGGCAAAGAAGGAGCAACUGAUUAUUGCCUACAACGAUUUGUUUGAGAGCAAGAGGUUUUUAGGUUCAGAACCCAUUGAAGAUGUGACGGAGCAUGUGAAAAAUGUGAAGAUCGACGACAAGCCCAAAGAAGUUGUGGAAGUCGUUGAUGAGGGUCCUCCUAAGUUCUUCAAGUCUGUGCUGAAGAAAGGAGACAAGACUAACUUCCCUAAGAAGGGAGACAAUGUGAGCUGUUGGUACACUGGCUCCCUGGAGGAUGGCACAGUGUUCGACACCAACAUCCCUGCAACUGCCAGAAAGAAGAAACAGAGCAAGCCACUGAGCUUCAAAGUUGGCCUGGGCCGGGUCAUCAGAGGGUGGGAUGAAGGUAUCCUAACGAUGAGCAAAGGCGAGACAGCCAAACUGGAGAUUGAGCCAGAAUGGGCCUACGGGAAGAAGGGACUUCCUGAUUCAAAAAUCCCACCAAACGCAAAGCUGAUCUUCGAGGUCGAGCUGGUGGCCGUCGAUUAACGGCAGAAACCUACCCAGCAUGCCCUUCUCUCCGUGGACGGGGAAAAUGCGGUAGUCACUAGACGGCUAUGCUCGAAAGGACAGAAGUGGUUGUAACGUUGUCAGAACGUUAAAGGAGUCUGAUAUAUUGUCUUAAUUUACGUUUAAUGGGAUGCUUUGGGAAUUUGGCAAUGAGGCCCUUUAUCUACUUCCCCAGAGUCAGAUGAACUUUUGGAUACCAUUUUUAUGUCUGUCCAGUAUGAAGGAAGUUAAAGGUAGUUUCUCGAGCCACUGCUAACUAGUGUUGGCACAAUGACUGGAAGUCUAUGGGUAUCUACUAACAUGCAUUAACACUAGUUAGCAUUUGCUCGUGAAACUAAAUC